AUGGGUGCUUUUAAUUAUAAUGAUAACUCUAUCGAGGGCGAUGUUUACAUUCAGAGAUUAUCAACAUAUGUCAGAAGAAAUGAAGAAGCAUUGGCCAACGGCCUAAUGUGCUUCUCAAAGAACCGGACAAAUCCAAAUAUCAAGCCACUUAGAUUGAGCUUUACUAUUCAUCAUCUUUAUUACAUUACAGAGAGAAUCGAGUCAUCCCCGCUCGGAGUUGACGUUGGUCCUCUUAAUAUUAAACUUGAUAAUCCCAAUCACGUACCCACUUUUAUUUCAUUCAUGGCAAACAAUGCCAGGUCAUCAAGACAUUUUGAUAGUGAUGCCAAGUCUAUCACUUCGAUCAAUUCUAUGCGGUCCAUCGUAUCGAGUGCGUCCGUGUACUGGAGAUCAUUUGCAUUCAGUAAAGAUCCGAAAGUUAUCAAUAAGGAUUUGAGAUAUUUGUAUUCGUCCUUUACAAAGGUUCCAUGCUUAAUUUUAACACCUAAGACCAAAAUAAACAGCAUUACUUCUUAUGAGGAGUAUCCUUGUGACACGUCAGUUCCGGUAAAAAUGUUCAAAAAUUUACAGGUAUUGGAGCUUGUCGAUUACGAACCUAAUGAAAUUUUUGGUUGGAAUAUAUUAAGUGAACAAUUAAGAGUAUUGAUUAUUAAAGAUUCAAAAAUCUCUGACAUUGGGGAAAUCUUAUUUAAUUUAGUCAUAGAUGAUGAAAGUGGAAGAUCAUCUUUUAACUUCCAUAAGCCUUCAAGAAAGCAAACACAAGAUGCUGAUACUUCAUAUAUGGAUAACGACCAUCCACCUUUUAAUCAUAAUAGCAGGCAUAAUGUUAAAAGAGAAAGAGAUAAAACAACUGGAGCUGGCUCCGCACCCAAAGAUUUAUUGUACAGCGAUACAAAUUUAUCGAGAUUUGGUCAAGAUAACACUACGGAAUCGCCUACCAAAGACUAUUAUUCGUUAACGGAUGGGAAGUGGUCGGUGUUGAAACAAUUAACAAUUUCAGAAACUUCCAUAACCUCCAUACGUCCAUACGUCUUUAAACCUUUAGGAAAUUUGGUUAAAUUGAAUUUAUCAAAUAAUUUAUUGGAAAGCUUACCAGAAGGUUUAGACCAAUUGCAUAACAUUAAAUAUCUUAACUUCGCUGAUAACUAUAUUACUGAUCUAAAAGCUUUACCGAAAAACCUUAAGUAUUUGUCCACUAUGAACUUCAAUAAUAAUAAGUUGGAAAGCUUGGAGGGAUUAGAAAAUUUGUGCUCGUUGGAAAAAAUUGACUUCAGAAGAAAUGAAUUAAAAGAAAUCAAAAGCUUAAAGCCAAUCAUUUUACAAUUUAUAAAAAACCCCGAGAAAUUCGAUAAUGUUUAUCUAGCAAAUAACGCUUUGCCUAAGAAUUAUAGAAUCGAGUUAUUUAACUUAUUUAACGGAGUCAAGUAUAAGAAUAGUAUGAAAAUAGAUGACUCGAGGCCUGGAUACUUUGAAAGUGCGCUAUUAUUAGACGCGGAAUCUGCCUUUAAAUCUUUGGAAAAACUAUUUGGUUAUAUUAAUGACACAAAUAAAUCCACAAAAGAACAAUCCCUUCCCCCAAUAUCGACAAAAGUAUUUGCUGAGUUCGAAAAAGAUAAAGGAAGAGAUACCGAAAUUCAAACCCUUCUUGAUCCUUUAGCCACAAUGAACCUAAUUUCCGAGAACGAUGACAAUAUGAAACCCAGAAAAGUUGACAUAUCUCAUAUAAUGAAUAUGAGCACAAUGUCGCCUAUUUUACUGUCCGACUCAACUAGUAUUGUUUCUGCGUCAUCGAAGCUUCCAACACCCAAUUCGCCAUUGUAUAACAAUCAAAACCUAACUAAUAAGCAACACACUCCUGACACUACUUAUACGGCCAAGCCAACUAUAUCAACGCAAACAGUAAGUGUAAGCUCCACACCUCCCGUACCAACUUCAUUGAAAAGGUCUACGACCUUAAACCAAUUAGACAUAGAAUCGCCAUCAUCCAACAAUGCGGCUCCAGGUAUUAUAACUAAUGUUCAAGUUACUGCCAGAAUGAGUACGUGA